AAAAAAUCUCCAGCCUAAAGUUCCGGUUUGAGGAAACCCAACGGAAGAUGGAACGUGGAGAUGAUUGUAGGAGCGGGGAGGAGAGCGGACUGUGGAGCCAAAAAGCCAUUUAUUUCGGGGUCUGAGAGUUGCAGUUAGGAAUAACUCGGAGCUGUCCUGUUUGAGGGCUAAAGGGGGAUUUGAUCCCCCAUGGCCACCACUGACAGCAUCAUUGUGCUUGAUGAUGACGAUGAGGAUGAAGCAGCUGCUCAGCCAGGCCCCUCUCACCCACCGUCCAAUCCAGCCUCACCAGCGCCAGAAGCCUCUGGUCCCUCCGAGCCACUUGGGGAUGGAGGGAGCAGUAACUCCGGUAGCAGGAAAUGCUACAAGUUGGAAAAUGAAAAGUUGUUUGAAGAGUUCCUUGAACUGUGUAAGAUUCAGACAUCGGACCACCCUGAGGUGGUUCCGUUCCUCCUCAAACUGCAGCAGCGAUCCCAGUCUUUAUUUCUGGCCUCUGCAGAGUUCUGCAACAUACUCUCCAGGGUUCUGUCUCGCUCUCGGAACCGGCCAGCUAAGCUCUAUGUGUACAUUAAUGAGCUCUGCACUGUUCUUAAAGCGCAUUCAACCAAGAAAAAGUUGAACUUGGCUCCCGCAGCCUCAACGCCCAGUGAACCGUCUGGUGAUAACCCAUCCGGCGAUGCUCCCUCUGACCUCACAAAUGCCGAAGCCACUGCCCCUGAGGCCUCAAGGACUCGAGGUUCCCGGAGGCAGAUCCAGCACUUGGAGCAGCUGCUGGCACUGUACGUAGCAGAGAUCCGGCGGCUGCAGGAGAAGGAAUUGGAUCUGUCAGAGCUGGAUGACCCGGACUCCUCGUAUUUGCAGGAGGCACGUCUGAAGCGGAAACUGAUCCGCCUCUUCGGGCGGCUGUGUGAGCUGAAGGACUGCUCUUCACUGACCGGCCGGGUCAUAGAGCAGCGGAUCCCCUACCGGGGCACCCGAUACCCAGAGGUCAACAGGCGCAUUGAGCGGCUCAUCAACAAGCCGGGGCCUGACACCUUCCCUGACUAUGGAGAUGUGCUGAAGGCGGUGGAGAAGGCAGCGACCCGGCACAGUUUGGGCCUUCCCCGACAGCAGCUGCAGCUCAUGGCUCAGGAUGCCUUCCGGGAUGUGGGCGUCAGGUUGCAGGAGCGGCGCCACCUUGAUCUCAUUUACAACUUUGGCUGCCACCUCACGGAUGACUAUAGGCCAGGCGUUGACCCUGCCCUGUCUGAUCCCAUAUUGGCCCGCCGCCUUCGGGAAAAUCGGAGCUUGGCCAUGAGCCGGCUGGAUGAAGUCAUCUCCAAGUAUGCAAUGAUGCAAGACAGGAGUGAGGAGGGCGAGAGACAGAAGAGGAGAGCACGGCUUCUAGGCAAAUCUUCCCAUUCUUUGGGUUCCCCCAAAGCCUCCUUGGAUUCUGGUGAGGGUCCUAGUGGAGUGGCAUCUAAGGAGUGCCAUACUACCUCCAAAGAUGAGACUGAUGAUGAUGAAGAAGAUGAGGAAAGUGAGGAGGAGGAGGAGGAAGAGGAAGAGGAAGAAGAGGAGGAGGAAGAAGCCACUGAAGAUGAAGACGAGGAUCUAGAACAGUUGCAGGAAGAUCAGGAGGGUGACGAGGAAGAAGAGGAAGAAGGAGAAAACGAAGGAGAUAAGAGUCCUAUGUCCCCACCAGACUUCUCCACUAGAAGGAACUCAGAAACCUUAAGUGAGCCUAGGUCUCCAGGGGAACAGCAAAACAGAGGACUGACAGGGACACCAGCGUCCCUGCUGGGGGAGUCCCCGGAGCCUCCCAGCAUAGAUGCCGAAAGCAGCGGGGAUCAGCUGCCACUGCUGGAGGAGCAGAGUCCUGGAUCCCAGCUUUCUGAGCUAGAGAGUCAAGCCUUGCAAGAGGAUACCUCCUCUUCCCCCGAGGAGAGGCUCAUCUCCUCUUCCAGGAGUCAGUCAGAAGAGUCUCUCACCAUCUUAGAAAACGGGGCAGCUGUGGUUACCUCCACACCCUUCAAUGGACAUGUGUCUUCUCACAUGUGGCGAGAUACCAGUCCCCCCUGCAAGCGAUCUCGGAAGGAAAAGAGGCAGCUGGGGUCUGGACCAUUAGAAAACAGCUCCGUGGCAAGGGUGCUGGCCCAGCUGGAGAGCGGGAGGAAGACAAGCACCCCAUCUUCUCUGUUUUCCCCCUUGGCCUGUGUGGCUCCUGUUGCUGAUUCCUCCACAAGAGUGGACUCUCCCAGCCAUGGCCUGGUGACCAGCUCCUUCUGCAAUCCUCCAUCCCUGACAUCUCAAAUUCCCCAACCUCCGUCCCCCCGGCCUUGUAUUUAUAAGACGAGCGUGGCCACACAGUGCGACCCUGAGGAGAUCAUCGUGCUCUCGGACUCUGAUUAGCAGCCCACUCCCCCUGCCUCCAGAAUGCUUUGGAUAGCUGUCGGAGGAUGGUGAGAGACAGGGCAAGAUGAACUUGAGCUCCUCCCGUUUUUGGUGGUAUAAUAAGAUGUUUAAGUUUUACACAGACACAUUAAUAAAAUGAAUUUUUUUUAUUGUA